AUGCCCAGCAUGGAGUCGCUUCGCACUGCCGUGGAUAAUGCACCGCUUCUGGUGAACCUGCUGCGCCUCAUUCGCGAUGCGCGGUCGCCCAACUACAAGGACCAUGAGAAGGGCCCCGUCACGUUCCACUUCGGCGGCCUUUCGAUGCGCGAUACCGGUAGCUACGAGGAGGCGGAGGAGCUUUGGCGGCAGUCCAGCUGGAGCAGCGGUGCCCUGGCACCCAACGCCGCCGGUCCCUUCCGCGGCCCGCUUCACCUCGUCGUCUAUCUUAACCACUCUCCAGUAGAGGUUUGGACGCUCCAGGACUACCGUGAGCCGGCGACCGACCACUCUGUACCGCGCGACUUUGAGCAGCUCGAGGCCCUCAACACGCUAGUACGUGUUCUUUUUGCCCACCUGCGAUGCCAGGAUAUCUACGGUGUCGUGCUACAGAGCUGUGUCACGGCAACUGACGACGCCAACAACCACUUCCCCGCUUCCCCCAGCGGUAACAUCAGAUCGCCGCCACAGUCUCCUUCGCUGCGAAACUCAUCGCUGAGCAGGGAACGUACCCCUCAUUCGCCAGCUAACCAUGUCUCGUUGCGCCUCUUUCGGUCCACCGAGGAGUGUCCGACGAUCCCAGUGCACGCGCGGCGGCAGUAUCUCUGGUCCAGUGACGACUUUGUGCGCGUGGACGUGACAAUGGACCGCACAUGGCGACACCACUCUUGGGUCCAGCCUGGCACGCAAGCCGCCUCGCCUGUGCUGCCAGUCGGCGACAAGGAGAAGGACACCGCUGUCUAUGCGACAGGAGAGAGGUCGUCGCCGAUCCGCACUGCCAGUCCUGGUUUGCGUCACUUCGGUAGCGAAGGCGAUACCCGCUCGCAGUCGAUCUCGCCAGAGGUCAUGGGCUCGCUCGGCAAGUCCUCCUUGCCCACCCCGUACCUAGCACCGGCCGCCACGUUGGCCCUCUCGUCGCAUCUCUCUCGCAGUCCUAGGACGAAUCUGUCUCCUCUGAUGCCCGGCUCUCGGCUGUCUCCAGCGCAGGGCGUCUCAGAGUUUGCCUUGCCACCCGCCGAUGUGUCGAGUGCGUUCGACUGCGAUCGGUCGUGGCAGUCACGUUCCAGCCCUCCGAUCAUGCACAGCUGCGUCUUUGCCAGCAGCCACCCAGCAGGCGGCGGUGGGCCAACGUACACAGCCGCCGUAGGGGCUGUGAAUCAGGUGGAGGAUGCGGUGUGGUUGUCAAACGCACAGCACGUGCGCCGCAUGGGCACGCUUAUCUGCUCCCGCAAGCAGUCACCGUCCGCCGCCUCGUCACCCGUGAUGGGAAAGAAGUCCAGAGCCAGUCUCAUCCACCAAAAACAUGAGAUGGGGUCGCUUGUGCCCUCCAUCUCCAUGGGCGCCCUUUCCGGCAUCGGCUUUGACAAGCAGUUGCUCUCCAGCGAUGUCGAUCUGGAGGACCUCGCUGCCGAAACCGCGUCGGCGGGAAGCUCUGCAAGUGUGCCGAACUGCGCGGCCAUGGAGCAGCUGGUGUCACUUCUCGGUCUCUGCUCCAAGGUCAAGCUACAGCACGUGCCGGCAGCCCCAUUUGGAGAUUUGGUGCUUUCUCUCAACCUACGCGAGGUGCCCUAA